AUGGUCAAACUUAGCCAUCCCCCUCCACAGCGGUCACCCUCCUCACAAGGCAACUACCAGCCCCUCACAGAGACGUGUCCAACUUCUAGAGGCCACAAGGUCCUUCCAAUUAAUUGCCGUGGAAUCAAAGAAGUAAUAUCACCUGGAGAUGAUGGUAGGCCCCAUUAUGAUGCAGAGAACGCUGUGAUUGCAGGCCUCAGAGGAUACGCAUCACAGCGUUGGUCGAGUUCGGAAGCCAGGCGCACGCGUACAUGCGGGUCACGUGACAUCACUCCCCACGUGAUGCAGACCCAAGGGGGGAGGAGGGCGGCCCUUGCGCCGCAUUACGUCAUCACGUCGCGCGGCCGCGGGGGUCUAGAGCCCAGACGGCUCCAGAGCCUCCGGCUCCGGGCGGCGGCGGCGCUUGGGCUUCUCCCGAGCCGCCUGCUAGCCCCGCGCACCACCCACGGGCAGGGGACGGGCCUGGCGCGGCUGGGUGGGGCCGGGAGCGGAGUUGCAGAGCCUAAGAACUGCAUUUGUUCUUUUUCUACAUUGCUUAAGGAAGGCAUUAUGGCCCCCAAAGACAUAAUGACAAAUACUCAUGCUAAAUCCAUCCUCAAUUCAAUGAACUCUCUCAGGAAGAGCAAUACUCUCUGUGAUGUGACACUGAGGGUAGAGCAGAAAGACUUUCCUGCCCAUCGGAUUGUGCUGGCUGCCUGUAGCGAUUACUUCUGUGCCAUGUUCACUAGUGAGCUUUCAGAGAAGGGGAAACCUUAUGUUGAUAUCCAGGGUUUAACUUCCUCUACCAUGGAAAUCCUGUUGGACUUUGUGUACACAGAAACAGUACAUGUGACAGUGGAGAAUGUACAAGAACUGCUCCCUGCAGCCUGUCUGCUUCAGCUGAAAGGUGUAAAGCAAGCCUGCUGUGAGUUCUUAGAAAGUCAGUUGGACCCUUCUAAUUGCCUGGGUAUCAGGGAUUUUGCUGAAACCCACAACUGUGUUGACCUGAUGCAAGCAGCUGAAGUUUUUAGCCAGAAGCAUUUUCCUGAAGUGGUACAGCAUGAAGAGUUCAUUCUUCUAAGUCAAGGAGAGGUGGAAAAACUAAUCAAGUGCGAUGAAAUUCAGGUGGAUUCCGAAGAGCCGGUCUUUGAGGCUGUCAUCAACUGGGUGAAGCAUGCCAAGAAGGAACGAGAAGAAUCCUUGCCUGACCUGUUGCAGUAUGUGCGGAUGCCCCUGUUGACUCCCAGAUAUAUCACAGAUGUCAUAGAUGCUGAGCCUUUUAUCCGCUGUAGUUUACAGUGCAGGGAUCUGGUUGAUGAAGCAAAGAAGUUUCAUCUGAGGCCUGAACUUCGGAGUCAGAUGCAGGGACCCAGGACAAGGGCUCGCCUAGGAGCUAACGAAGUGCUUCUGGUGGUUGGGGGCUUUGGAAGCCAGCAGUCUCCCAUCGACGUGGUAGAGAAAUAUGACCCCAAGACUCAGGAGUGGAGCUUUUUGACAAGCAUCACUCGUAAGAGACGUUAUGUAGCUUCCGUGUCCCUACAUGACCGGAUCUACGUAAUUGGUGGCUAUGAUGGCCGUUCCCGCCUCAGUUCAGUGGAAUGUCUAGACUACACAGCAGACGAGGAUGGGGUCUGGUAUUCUGUGGCCCCUAUGAAUGUUCGACGAGGCCUUGCUGGAGCCACCACCCUGGGAGAUAUGAUCUAUGUCUCUGGAGGCUUUGAUGGAAGCAGGCGUCAUACCAGCAUGGAGCGAUAUGACCCAAACAUUGACCAGUGGAGCAUGCUGGGAGAUAUGCAGACAGCACGGGAAGGUGCUGGACUAGUAGUAGCCAGCGGAGUGAUCUACUGUCUAGGAGGAUAUGAUGGCCUGAAUAUCUUAAAUUCAGUUGAGAAAUAUGAUCCCCAUACAGGACACUGGACUAAUGUUACGCCGAUGGCUACCAAGCGUUCUGGUGCAGGAGUAGCCCUUUUGAAUGACCAUAUAUAUGUGGUGGGGGGAUUUGAUGGUACGGCCCACCUUUCUUCUGUUGAAGCAUACAACAUUCGCACUGAUUCCUGGACAACUGUCACAAGUAUGACUACUCCACGAUGCUAUGUAGGGGCCACAGUACUUCGAGGAAGACUCUAUGCAAUUGCAGGAUAUGAUGGUAAUUCCCUGCUGAGUAGCAUUGAAUGCUAUGACCCUAUCAUCGAUAGCUGGGAAGUAGUGACAUCCAUGGGAACCCAGCGCUGUGAUGCUGGUGUGUGUGUUCUCCGAGAGAAGUGACCAUUAUUGGAGCACCAUCCAGAGCAAGUGACCAGUCCAAGGGACAGUUUGUGGGAGAAUCAAGCAUCCUUUCCAGAAUGUCUGUGUCUCACUGCACAGGGUGAUUACAGGCACCAGUGCAGGGAUGAUUGUACUUAUUUGACACAUCCUCCCCUUAACGCUGGUUGUCCCUGAGAAGGGUGUCUAACAGAUACCCAAGGGAAGAGAAUGCACGUUGAAUGGAUGUGAGAGACCAGAUCACCUUUCCCUCUGUUCUGGGGAGCACUUUCUUGUUGUUUCUAACUUAUCAUGUGCUUGGGAGUCUACAUAUGUUGUGCCGCAUGUGUUGCAGCGAACUAAGGUGAGUAUAGCCUACUAGAUGUGGGCAAUAUCCAGCCUAGAUGAUUGGAAGGAUAUGAAGUUGAGUAAGCUUGCAAAAAUCCAUCUUGUUGUUUUCCAGGAACAAAUACCUUUUCUAAUGUACAAGUAGCAACACAGUUCCAUUCUGGAGGAAAACAAAAGGGAGAGCCCCAUCAAAACUUUGGGGGCCAAGGAGAGAUAUUCAUCUGAUACUCCCUUGGGGGGUGGGUACAGGGCUGGUAUACUAGAAAUGAGGUUAGAGUAAGUGAAGUAAACUGAAUUUGAUGGAAUGCAAGUGAACCUAGAACAGCACUGGAGUAUAACCUGGAAGACUGAGAAGGGUAUAUUGUUUGAGAGAUCUUUUUAUUUCCCCAAGGUGUUUCAAAAAGAGAAUGUUACGCAUUUUGGCAUUAAAGACUGAGAAAGUAA